UUUCACAAUUCCAGACUCCUCACUUCCUUAUUCCUAUUAACAUAUCCCCAAAAUGACUUGAUGGUGCUUGUGUGAUGCAAUUGUGAUAAGCCUUGAGAGUGAGCCUGGUCAAGGUGAUCAGCUAAAAUACUCAUGGGAUCAGUCUGGAAACGACUUCAGCGUGUGAACAAGAAGGCAGCUAAGUUUCAGUUCAAUGUAGCAUACCACGAACUGCAGCUGGAAUGUUCACCCAGUGCUAAAUGGAAACCAAAUAACAUCAGUGUCGUCUGGACCAGAAGAGCCAGGCGAGUGGCAUCCAAGCCGCAGAAAUGGGAGCCAGUCAUUCGAAAUCCCAACUGUGGGCUGGUUGUGUGGCCUGAUGCAGAUAUUCAGGAAGUCACCAUCACCCUCUUCAGAGAACCUCGAGAAAACAUCUUUGAGGACAAGGAAUGGGUCUUUGUUGCCGAAGAUGUUGAUGCCCAGGGAAAGAGGAGACAGCUGGCUUCGGUUAAUGUUAACAUGAGUAAAUAUGCAUCUGAGAUUCCCACUCAGCAGGAAUUGAAGUUGGAUCUGAAGCCAAUGUCAAAGAAGAUUGUUUCUUGUUCAAUCCAACUUACUCUUGCUUCCAUUUUCCUGAGAGAAGGACAGGCAACGGAUGAAGACAUGCAGUCAGUAGCUAGCCUCAUGAGUACUUGUCCACCAGACAUUGCAGUAAUGGAAGAUGUGGAUGAGGAAGCAGAGGAGAUUGAUAUCAAAGAGCACAGUGUGGCAUCAAAUGAGUUCUCCUACUUGGCCAGCCAAAUGGGUCUCUUGGCCUCCCUGGCAGCUGCAGCUUCGCCAUCAAGUGCUACUUCUGGAGGAUCAGAUGCAGAAACUCCAUCAUCAGGGUCCUUUCCCAGGUCUUCAUCUUCACCUUCAAAAGGUGCUGAUGUGAAUACUGAGAUGCCUUCUCCACCAAUCUCUCCCAUCAAGGAACCCAGCUCAAAACCCUCAGCAAUGGCUGAUGAACCAGCUGACAGUGUUAAUGUUGAACCUUUCCACAUUGGAGAUGUUUCAAAUGUCUUGAAGGGGGAUAGAACUUCUCUUAAGAAACUGGACAUCAAACCCAUACGGCUGGAAGGAGAUGAAACUCCUCCAUCACCACUGGGUCUGACUCCAGGUCUGGACCUCCUGUCCUGGUGUCAGGAAGUUGUUCAAGGUUACCCUGGGGUCCGAGUUACCAACAUGACCACUUCAUGGAGAAAUGGCCUUGCCUUCUGUGCCAUCAUUCAUCAUUUCCGUCCUGACCUCAUUGAUUUUGACUCGUUAACACCACAAGACAUCAAAGGAAAUUGCAAGAAAGCAUUUGAAGCUGCUGAGACAUUGGGGAUACCUAGGGUCAUAGACCCAGCAGACAUGGUGAUACUCACCGUUCCUGACAAGCUACUUGUUAUGACCUACCUCUACCAACUUCGUUCUCAUUUUAUGGGCAAGGAGCUGGAAGUGAAGCAGAUUGGUAACACAGCAGAGGAAUCCUCUUAUGGAAUCAUGCACUCCUCAGAGGGAGCUGGGAGCAAUUGGUCUAGUCCAAGCCGUCAAAACGGAAACGUGUAUAGCAGACGCAGACGGAGGAGUGGAAGUCAGGAGAGUGGAGGGAGUGGUGGCAGCGGAGAAGGGAAGUCCUCGAGCAAACGCACUAGUCCUGGUCCUUCCUCCAUCACCAAUGCCAAAGAUAUCCUCAUCUCAGGAAAUGAUGAAGAGGAUGGCCCCUCUCAUUCAAACUCAAAAAGCAAUACAAUGUCCGAAUCUCAUGCCGAAGUGUGUUCACCUGUUAAAAUGCCAAGUGAUAUUCAUGCAAAGAUUGAUCCAGAUGUUCCAACCCUGUUGGAGCUGUCUCCCACACAUGAACCAACAUCGCAGCUUCCUGCACAGAAGGAAGAUCCUUUGAAAAGUAGUGCUUUCCUGCCUGAAGGAUUUGCUACAUCAGGACGAAAAAGCAGUUCUGAGAAACGGGAAAAGCGUGUGAGCUUUGUAGGUGGAGAUAAUCCAUCUCUUGCACGAAGCCAAUCUUUUCAGGAAAGCAAGAAACCACCAGAGACUGAUCAGAGGCCUCCUGUUCCACCAAGACGACACAGGAACAAAUCAAAAUUCAAAGAUGAAUUCCUUCCUCUUUCUUCCCCAAGUCUGGUCAAGUCUGCUUCUGUAAACACUGAGUUGCGAAAUCAAGACAAGUUCCUCCUACAGGGUUUGUCCAGAGAAGAAUUUGUCAGCUUGUAUGGGGUGAGGCCAAAGCAGACAGCAUUUGUGAGACCAUUGGGAGGCUCUGGGACAGAGGUGGAUGAGACUGAAACGUGUCAGCUAAAGAAUACAAGUCUGGUGACAGAUGUCAACAGUGGAGUUGUCUCUGCUCAGAAUGCUGCUCCUACCACAGGAGAGUUAAGUCGCAUUGAUGACCAUGAGAUGUUUCCUGUACCCUGGAAAUCAAAACCACAAGCAGAUAUUUCUAAACCAGCUGUUGAAGCUAUUCAGAAUGAAGAACCUCCCCCUCUGCCUGAAAAAACAAGAAGAAUAAUGCAAGAAGCACAGCCAGAAGUACAGGAGAUGUCUGAUCAAGGCAUCCAAUGUCAGAUGACAGACACUGUGUGUGCUCUGGAGGGUGUCUGCCCCAUCUGUCAGGACUUGAUCUCUUCCUUGAAGCAGGCUCACAAUAUGGACUAUGAGGAAGUUGAUUCCAAGUCUCAGCAGUCUGUGAGGAAGACACUGAGGCAUCAAAACUCUGUGAAUCGGGAUAUGAGCCGGCAAGAAGAGUUGCGUGUCAAGGCUCGCAUGCUGUUGGAGCAGGCCAAGCAAAAAGCUGCCAAUGAAUCCAUGAAUCGGCAGAGUAGCAAGGAGGAAGCAGAACGUCAGGCUCACCUACUGAAUCGUGCACGUCGCAUGAUUGCCGAAGCGAAGCAGAGCAGCAUCGGUUCUUCAAAUGGUACCGCAGGGUCUCUUGCAAUGAAGUUUAUGAAUGCAAGAGCUAGUUUCAGGAUUGCCAAGAAGAACUUCAUGUCCAAUAAAGAUUCCCCCUCAUCGCCCAAGGGAGACGUCAUAUUGAGUCCAUCGAAGGGGAAACAAGAUGGUUCAUCCCCGUCUUCCCCCGAAGAGGAGGGCAGGGGGGGCCGAACGAUCGCGCCCGUCCACUUGCAGUCCUUCCAGGAUUUUGUUUCUGGGAGCGAUGAACCGGCUCGCCGAGUCUUGCACUCUGCUGGGGGCCAGGGGAACUCUAACUACAUUCGGCACGAACUGGAGUCUCUGGAACGGGAGCAGACCCAAGUCGACCGGAAAGCGAAAAGUCUGGAGUCGAAGAUCCGAGACGUCAUGGCAGCCGGGACCAAUCCCGAAAAGGAGGAGAGUCUGAUGCAGCAAUGGUUCACUCUGGUGAACAAGAAGAACGCUCUCCUCAGACGACAGAUGCAGCUGAACAUCCUGGAGCAAGAAGACGAUUUGGAGAAGAGAUUGGAACUCCUGAACCAAGAGCUGAGGGACAUCCUCGCCAUCGAAGAGUGGGAGAAGACUGACGCGCAGAGGGAACGGGAGAGGCUUCUUCUGGAGGAGCUGGUGGACAUCGUGAACAAGCGGGAUGCGCUCGUCCGCCAUCUCCACACUCAGGAGCAGGGGAUGGACGAGGACGACGAGAUCGCGCAGAACGUGAGCCGCGCGGAACUGAGCCAUCAGGACAAGCAGUGCUGCAUCCAGUGAUGAAGGAUGGAGGAUAGCCGUUUGUGUUCUUGGCGUGGACUCGUCCAUGCUUGGGUGGAGAGUCAGCUGUGAUACGCACAUGGAAGGGGGGAAGGGAUGAACCCUAGAUGGGGUUAUCGGUAAGGUGCUUUUAUUUUAGCAAUAGCUUCAUCGCUGUUCAAAUGCUACGUUGCAGAGAACUCGUCUUAAACGGCAGCACUGCCUCACUCUUGCCUAGGCUGAGUUUUGCUUGUUUUUGUUUCGUGAUCGUGUUUGUAUUUGACUUUCUCAUCUUCAGUAUUUGAUAUACUCGAUCUUCGAUGGAAAAGGGGAAAUGUGAAGUUUUUUGCAUGAACGGUCGCGGUGAACUAGGUGCCUUGUGAUUUAUAUCCUGCAAACUGGAGUUUAUCAGGAAAGUUUUCACUGAUGGAAAAAAAUAUCCAUGAAACCUGUUGCUUUUUGUUGUCUAUGUGUGAGACAAUCGUGCUGGUCUCCAUUUGAUCGUGUUUGCUUGUUCAUGCACUUGACAAACCCAUAAUGACAAACCCAUAACAACAAUAAAAAAUACUGAGUCAACAC